AUGGACGAAGGGAAGCAACACAAUGAGCAACUCUCCCCACCGAUGCAGAACCCGAGAAUUACUCGAAUGGCAAGCACAUGCACGAAUGCACAGAUCACGAGUGGAGCGCGAAAUUGCGGUGCUGCUUGCUGGAAAAUUGAACAACACCCUAACGAGCAAAGGCGGCUAGACGGAGCAAGCACUCAAAUUCUGUCUGCUUCUAAUGGGGUGAAUCAAAGGACACUCGAUCGCGGAAAGAGAGAGGAAGGAGUUGAGUACAACUAUGGUGGCGAGACGAUCGAUAAUGCAUGGUUAGGUACGAGCGGCGCCACGGUCGAAUUGGCACCACCGUCUGGACCUAUCCGUCGCCGAGGACAGUGGGGGCGUGUCUUGUCGCCAGAUGUCACAAUGAGGUCAGCCAAGGUGCUGCUCGUGUGGGACCGGUUCCCAGCACCGUUCCGGUCUCGCAAACACGAUCCAACAUUGGUCCUGCUGACCACAAACAAAGCUUUAAUUGAAGGGUGGUUCCUACUGCAGCAAAAACCACAGCACCUACCACAAACAAGCACCGGGGAGGAGGGCGAUGGGGAUGUUCGGACAAAUAUACAUAUAGUCUGCUGUGUCGUCCUAGUUAUUUAUAAUCCUACUAGCGGAGCAAAUCGAUCAUACCUAUCUAUUGAAGGUCCUCUGACGUUUGAACAUGCUGGGAAACUGGUCACGAGGGUACAACUCGUCAUUUGGGGUGUUAUGUUGUCGUGA